AAGAUUCGGUUUGUUCUGUCGGGGGUGGACUUGAAGACCGUUAAAUGCGUUAGAUGCUCUGUUGGAUCCUAUGAUGUUUGAAGGUGGCUGGUGGUGACAAGACACCAACACAGGCCGUCCACUCUGAAGAAUAGUAAUUCACCGUUUCGCGAAAUUAACUGAAUACCGAACGAUUUCUCUGGAUUGUCAGCGUGUCGGGUAAAGCAGGUAGCAGUUUUCAGGCCUCGAGGGGCUUGGGAUAUGCAAUUGGCGUUGUGGUUUUCGGUGUGCUCGUCUGUUUACCGGUACGUGGAACAGCGGCCGAUGCUACAGUUGUUACGUGCAAAAAACAAGACGGCAUUGUUUCACUCGCGUUGAAGGAGACAACAAAGUUGAUCAAGUUCAACUGUGAGGAGAGCUGGACCCUCUAUCCGGAUUUAUCCUCGAGCGAAGCGAGCAAAUUCUGUGAGGACUCGUCGUGCAAAAAUCCAGUCCCUUUGCGCGGCAUCUACAAGCUGGAGUCAGGAGAUGUGCCUGUGCCUUCUGGGCGCGUUCCGGGGCGUGUGGCCUCAAAAACCUAUACACUCUCAAUGACGAGCCAGCCGGAGAAGUCAGAAACGUUAUAUUUUAAUUGCAGGGCUCCGGAGGCUCAACAGGACGAGGCGGAGAGGACACGGUCCUCGCGAGCCACGUCGGGAUCCACGAAAACAACUUGCAUAAUUCAGGUGGCUGUUCACGGUUCAGAGUCAUUCUCCGAUGGAAACUCAGAAACGGAGUGUACGAAUGGCCGGACUCUGGUGGAAGUCAUUCCGGAUUCCGGGCCCAAGAAGGUCGUCAAGUUUCGAUGUGCAGACCAGUGGACACUGUCGCCCGUGAAUUUCGAGAAAACACUUGAUGGAGAACAAUGCACCACCGAACAGGAUCUUGCCGAUCUUCAUCUGGAUGCAAACCGUGUAGAGGGAAAAUCGUACAAGGAAGGCUCUCAGGUUCCAGCAUAUGCUUUGGAGAUAUCCGAGUUUCCAACUGGCAAAGACCAUGUCAAACUGUGCUACAAAUGCACAAAGAAUUCUGAAGGAGCUUUACGAACGUCGGAUCAGAAUGACAAUGAGUGCACCAUCAUCGUCGAUGUGGCGCCAAAAAAGUCACCAACAGGGGAGAAUGACGAAGAGGAGCAACCGAUUGAACAUCCAUCUACAAGCGAUUCGAGAGAUCACCACAAGUCCAGCUUCGUUACUGUGGGUGCCUUUCUCCUGUGCUCUGUGCUGGCCGCAGGCCAAUUCCUGUAAACGGAACGACAGUGUCAAUCUCGUCCCUUGUUCUGGAAAAAAUAGUUUUGCCUCUACUUCUUCACUACCUGAAAGGGCUUACAUGUGCGCAGAAAUGCGGCCUUUUAGAUGAUAAUCUAGGAGAGUGACAGCCGUUGUCGCUGGCACCUUGUGGUCCUGCACUCAUGGAGAAGAAAAGUCACUCCAUUCUCAGGCCAUCGUUAAGAAAUAUAAUAGUUCUUCUCAAAUACCCCUACAGCCCACAAGUUCCCACAUGAAGCUGCCGCGGUUCUUUCACCUGGUCACUACACACCGCGUUC